AUGCCGCACCUUACCACUCUCAUGGCCGAGCACAAGGCGCCGUUCCACACCUUCGAGUUCUUCCCGCCCCGCACUGCGCCUGGCGUGGCCAACCUCCUCGACCGUAUCCAGCGCCUUGCCUCGCCGCCGCUCAACCCGCCUCUCGCCGUCUCCGUAACUUGGGGUGCGGGGGGAAGCACGGCAGAACGCUCACUCGAGCUCGCCGAAUCCAUCGCCGCAAUGGGGGUGGAGGUCAUCCUCCAUCUCACUUGCACCAACAUGCCGCGCGCCAAGGUCGACACUGCCCUUGAGCGCGCGCGGGCUCUCGGUAUCACCAACAUUCUAGCACUUCGUGGCGACGCACCCCGCCCCGACGAGUAUCGAGAAGCCGAGUCGAGCCUGGCCAUCGAUGAGUUCAACCACGCCGACGACCUUGUGCGCUACAUCCGCGCCAAGCACCGCGCCUUUUUCUGCAUCGGCGUAGCGGGAUACCCUACCACCCAUCCUGAUGCCGAGAGCGCCGAAUCAGACAUGCAUUGGCUCAAGAACAAGUGCGAUGCCGGUGCUGACUAUAUCAUCACUCAGCUGUUCUACGAUGUCGCCCAGUUCGAGACUUGGGUCGCUGCGUGCCGUGCUGCCGGCAUCUCGCAACCCAUCAUCCCUGGGGUCAUGCCCAUUCAGAGCUACUCGUCUUUCCGCCGCCUGAUCAACCUCACCAAGUGUGUUGUUCCUGAACAGAUCCUGCGGGAUCUGGAACCGAUUAAGUCCAACGACGCCGCGGUAAAGCAGUAUGGCGCGCAAUUAGCGACGGACAUGGUCAAGGACCUCAUCGGGUCCAAGCUCGUGCCGGGCGUGCACUUCUGCACCCUCAACCUGGAGCGCUCGGUUCGGACGAUCCUCGAGAACGUCGAGUGGACCCUGGACCAUGCGCAUCCCGUGCACGGCUCUCCUCGUGCACGCGCCAACCAGCUGAUCAGCGACCAGUCGCUUCCUACUGUUGAGGGACUGCCCAUCUCCAUUCGUCCGUCAGACGCUGCCCAGCUCGCGCAGUGGACAUUAAAGCGUGCUGCUGCUGCCGGGGCCGACGCAAGCAAGCUUCCGCCCAUACCUGGUGUGAUCCCGGGCGUGGGUGAAGACCCAUGGGACGAGUUCCCGAACGGACGAUUUACGGACGUGCGCUCGCCAGCGUACGGCGAGAUCGACGGUUGGGGUUCGGGACUGAAAAUCACGCCGGCGCAAGCACUGCGUGACUGGGGUGCACCCACGACCGCUGCCGACCUCUCCACUGUCUUCCAGGCGUAUCUUCGUGGUGAUGAGCGGACACCCACCACGCCGUUCUGCGACUUGCCACUGUCGCCCGAGUCGUCCCUUAUCUUGCCACACCUGCUCACGCUCAACAGCGCGGACAAGGCGUACUGGACGGUCGGGUCUCAGCCCGCCGUCGAUGCGGCGCCCUCAGACGACCCGAUGCACGGUUGGGGUCCGGUCGGCGGCUACGUCUUCCAGAAGGCGUUCGUCGAGUUCUUCGUCCCCCUGUCCGAGGUGCAUCGCCUCGAGGCCAAACUCCUGUCGAUGACACCCGAGGGCGCAGACGGUGGACCAGGCCAGAGCCUGAUUAGCAUGUACGCAGCCAACCGUAAUGGCGACUACGGCGCGAAUACGGAGAAAGACGCCGUCAACGCCGUCACAUGGGGUGUAUUCCCCGGACAGGAGAUCCAGCAGUCGACGAUCAUCGAAGAGAUUUCGUUCCUUGCGUGGAAGCAGGAGGCGUUUGAGAUCUGGCAGGAGUGGGCGCGCCUGUAUCCCCGCGACUCGCCGGCCAGGAAGUACCUCGACAGCGUUGCGGAUGAAUGGUGGCUCGUGAGCCUCAUCCACCACGACUACAAGGACAAGGAUGCGCUCUGGCGCUUCCUCCUGGAGUAG